AUGGGCGUCAGGAUCGCCAUUCGAGAACAGCUCGCCUUCCUCGUGGUGAUUGCUGUUCUCGUCGGCUUGAUGAUCCUGUCUGUUCCUGUCUGGAUUUACGUCAAUCAAUUCGUCACCCAGGUCGAAGGACGCGAGCUCGCCCUCACUGCCUCGCUCAAGGCGUCGCGUAUUUCCUCGGAGCUCGAGCUCGUCCAAACCAGCAUCAUCACGAUUUCCUCCAGAAUUCUCAUCCAGGAUUCGCUCGUCAGCUUUUACGGCGGCAACACCUCGGACUCCAACUGGGCUGCGGCAACGGGCGAUUUGACGAGCGCACUCAGUUCCGGCGCUCUUACCGGCCUGUUACAGGCGAGAAUAUACUCACGCAACACGACAGGCAAUGUACACGGUUUGUUGAACGUCACUGGCCAGAAGAUUCCGGAUAUCGAGCUUCCGUGGAGUCCUUCGGGCAACAAGACGUUUCUGUCGGAUACUCCUGAAGGUUAUCCAGCUGACCUGUACCCAAAUAUUACCUACGAGAAUCUCGGCCGUCCGAAUCAGUUCCGGAACAACACAUGGGCUUAUGCUGCCAAUGCCUUUACUGGGGUUAGAAUCUCCACUAACGGUGGCUUGCUCCUUGGGCCACUGAUCCUUAACGAGACGUCGGCCCUGAUGUCGAUAACCGUACCCAUUCGCGACAACAAACAGCAGGAGUUUAUACUCGGCUACAUGACACUUCUUGGCCUGGCAAACUCUCUCGUCAGUGUCCGGAACUCACGCGAGGGUUUGGGUAAUAGCGGCCUCGUUCUUCUUGUUGGACCUACGAAUCCGUCCAACAGGUUCUCCGACGAUCAUCCAGCCAGCAACGCGACGUUCACACCCGACAGGGACUCAUCUGCAAACGUGCCGGUCAAGUUUGUGCUCCCGCCUAAUGGGCUACCUGGCCAAGACGAUCGACAUAGCGAUAGGAGCUGGUCUAUCAGCAAAGAUGACGAGCCGUUCCCCAUGAAGGAUUACCCUGCGGUGUGGGAUUCCUUCACGAAAAGAUUCGUUUCCCCCAACAAUUCCAGCUCAAUGCUGUCAACGCACAACGAACAAGGAAAACCUGUCGCUGUCGGUUUUGCAAGGACCAACACAGCUCUCGUCAACUGGACCGUUGUCGUGGAGCAGGCAAAGUCCGAAGUCGACGCCCCCAUAGACACGCUGCGAAACAUCAUCCUAGGCUGCGUCUUCGGUACGGCGGGUCUUAUAAUAAUACUCAUCUUCCCGUGCGCGCACCUCAGCGUCAUGCCCAUUCGAAGACUCAAGUCUGCCACUGAGAAGACGGUUCAGCCCCCAGGUUACGAGGACGGAGACUACUCUGACUUCGACGACGAAACACCGGGAUCUGGCGCCAUUUCAUCCCGAUCUCAGCGGUCACGAAAGGAUGGGAUUAUCGCAGGAAUCUACAAGUUGGUUGGGUACAAACCCAGGGAAAAGGCCGCAUCUGAGCAUGAUCGCGACUCGACCCGUCGAAUUUUCAAGAUCCCAGGCAAGGUAGAAGAUCGCAAACACUUUGUCACGGAUGAGCUUACCGAGCUUACGCAAACAUUCAACGAUAUGAGCGACGAGCUGUGCAAGCAGUAUAUCUCCCUGGACCAGAAGGUUUUGGAGAGAACGCGGGAGCUUGAAAUCAGCAAGAAGGCAGCCGAAGCGGCCAACGAAAGCAAGACACUGUUCAUUGCGAAUAUCUCUCACGAGUUGAAGACGCCAUUGAACGGAAUUCUGGGAAUGUGCGCCGUUUGCAUGGAAGAGAAUGAUAUCUUGAGGAUCAAGCAGUCCCUCAAGACUCUCUACAAGUCAGGCGACCUAUUGCUUCACCUUCUCGAGGAUCUACUUAGUUUCUCCAAGAACCAGAUCGGCCAACAACUUAGCCUGGAAGAGAGGGAGUUUCGGUUGGCAGACAUCCGUUCGCAGAUCCUGACCAUCUUUGACAAGCAAGUCAGAGAGGGAAGAAUCACCCUCAACGUCAACUUCUUGGCAUCUGAUGUUAUUGAGCUCAGCAGCAGCCCGGAGAGAAGAAGUAUGGACACAAGGCUGCCGGCACUUGGACCUCAUGGCACCGGGAGACUGAAGGACAUGUGCCUUUGGGGCGAUCAACACAGAAUCCUCCAAGUCAUUAUCAACCUGGUGAGCAACAGUCUGAAGUUCACUCCAGCAGGUGGCAAAGUCGAUGUCAGAAUCAAAUGCAUUGGCGAGGCAGAGGUUCCAGCCCUCAAUGGGGAAGGAACGAGCUCCAAGGCCAAUUCAACAUCCGAGAAUCUCAAGGGUACUGCUUUAGCCAUCAACCCCAUGGAGCCCAAGUCGACCCCACACAUACACAUACGAGAACGGUCUCCAACGCCGCCGCCACCUGGUGCCAAAUCUUACAUCUUCGAGUUUGAAGUCGAAGAUACGGGUCCCGGAAUUCCUGAGCACAUGCAACAAAAGGUUUUCGAACCCUUCGUGCAAGGUGAUUUGGGCUUAAGCAAGAAGUUUGGUGGCACUGGACUGGGUUUGAGUAUUUGCCAUCAGUUGUCAACUCUCAUGGGUGGAUCCAUUUCUCUCAAGAGCACUGUCGGUGUUGGUACAACUUUCACAAUGCAAAUCCCGCUGAAAUAUGUCAAGGACAGGACUUCAAGCACCGCAUCUAGCAGCAUCAAAUCCAGACCACCGAGUGUCGACACAAUCGACCCUGCAGACAUUCCCCGAGACCCGAAACGCAACUCUGGCGGAAACCACACCCCUAUUAAGCCCGCCGGCGAGUCGACGGCGAAGACUCUUCUGGAACAACAGCCUAGGCUCGUCGGCUUGAGUCAACCCUUUUUCGCCUCGAAUCCCGCGCCGAAGUCUGCCAAACGAAGCACAAAAGACCAGAUGGCAGCGAUCGACGCCGCCAUGGCUUCCAAAUCUGACCAAAGCGGGAAGUUGCGAGUGCUUGUUGCUGAUGAUAACUCAACCAAUAUUGAGGUCGUCAGCAAGAUGCUCAAGCUUGAAGACGUUUACGACGUCACAAUAGCCAAGGAUGGCCAAGAGGCGUAUGAUCUUGUCAAAGCCAAUAUGGAUAUGGACCAACGUUUCGACGUGAUUUUCAUGGACAUCCAGAUGCCAAAUCUCGAUGGCCUAGAAUCUACCAAGCUCAUCCGCAAGAUGGGCUACAAGGCGCCCAUUGUCGCCUUGACGGCGUUUUCGGAAGAAAGCAAUGUCAGGGAGUGCAUAGAGAGCGGCAUGGACGAGUUCCUGAGCAAACCCAUCAGAAGGCCUGCGCUGAAGCAGGUGCUGAAGAAGUUUGCAACGAUUCCAGAAGAACCGGAGACGACAAGUCAAACCAGGAAAACCACGCCAGAAACCACGCCACAGAAACCCGCCAACGGAUCUGCAGCUCAUCACCGACCACUAGAUGAGAAGGCGGACGCGAUCCAGCCAGUUGGAACUGGCGACGGCAACGGCAACGGCAAAGCAACCGCGCUGUCGUCGGAUUACCUCUCUGAGAAGGGGACAUAA